UAUUGUAAAAGCUGGGAUAAAGGCAUUAAUAUUGUUACAAGUAAAAGUAUUUAAUUCAUCUACAAGGUGAUUAACAUCAGAUUAUUUAGAAGAAAAAAAUACUAAUCAUGACUUCUAAUAGAGUUGUAAAGACCUAGAUAAUCACCAUUUUUAUAGGAUUAAAAAAAAAAAAGGAGAAUUUAUUUUGUGUGGGAUAUUUAAGGCAGGAUGAUAUAAAUCUUCCUUGACAAUAGUUUAAUCAGCUUCUGUUAUUAAACAUUGAGAAAUGUUGCUGAAACAUAGGUCUAAGAGAUUUUUAGGUGAUAGGAAGUUUUCUUAUACUGCACUAGACCAAGACUAUAAAUAAAGAUGAUCAGUUGGUGCACCUUGUUUCUGAUGCGAGCAUUUACAAUGUGAGCAGCUUGUUUGUUGGUGCAGUCGACACCAGAAACAUUGAAGUCACCAAGUAUGUCAAGGAUCUCCUUUUUUCCCCUGAAUAUAUGUUUAUGUACUGUACACAGACAAUUAAAGGUAUAAAAUAUUUAUAUGUUAAAGAAAAGGAAAUUACUGCUAGACAAGAAGAGCUCAAACCAAGCAGAAGCCGAUGUUGGAGGAAGACAAGAUAGUUGUACUUGUUUCUUGUUCCGUGUAUUUUUUUACAAAAUUUAAAUAUCUAUACUUGUCGAUACAAUUUUUUUUUUUUUUUUUUUUUUUGGAGUUCCAUAAACAGCAAAGAGAAAGCGAAUUCCUUUAGUGAUUAUCGUUUGAGGAGGAGAGUCAAUUUCUUCAAAUACUUUAGCGCAAUCAAUUAAGUCCUUUUUCUCAAAUAAUUUCAAUACUGAUUUUUAACCCCUUCUGAACAAUGCUGAUGUAGUAUCGCAACUGGUUAUCGCAUGUAAAAAUAAAAUAACAUUUUGGCAUUUUGGAUAAGCAGAUCAACUUUUUUAAGAAUAUAUUUCUGUUCGCUGUUGAGCCUUUCCAGGUUUUACAAAGUAAAUAAUUUUAUCAAUUGGAGUCCGUGCAGUAAGUAGUAUUAACAAAUCAACGUAUUUACGUGGCAUUUGUGUGGAUAUCAUGUAAAAUCUAACUCCUUAACUUUUAAAAUGGCGUUAUCUUAGGAAUGAUGAUUCUUAAAAAAAAAAAGUAUAAGGACCAUUUUUGUAGAUAAUUUUAUAAUCUACAAUUUUUGUUUGGGCUAUAUUUUUGAUAAAAUUUACCGGUUUUGAGAAAAAUCCAAAAAACUGAACAUUUUGACCUUUGACCUUGAAUAACCUUUUUAGCACACAUGGGAUCUAUGGUAACUUUUGGCACUUUAUUUCUACUGGUGUACCCAAGGACUCUACUAAAAUUCAGCUCUGUCGGAAGUUUUGUUAUUUGAUCACUAUUUUUAUGUCUAUUUUGACCAGACAAAAUUGUUUUUCGGUUACAGAUUCUUUAUAAUUUUAGUCAAUAAUUCUCUUGUUUAUUGUUUAAGGGAAAAUUUUUGUAUUACCUUUUGGUAACUUUAGAUCUUGCAUCCAUUGAAAUAAAACAUUCCCAAUCAAUUAUACCAUUUUUUAAUCCAUUAUAAAUGGUUAUACUUCGGCUGUUUGAAUUGGUCAAUUCGUUACUUUAUCAUUUAUGAUUUAGUAUGCUUCAAUUUGGAUGCCUUUAUUAGUUUUGCACUUAAUACAACACUCAAAUGUGCUAAAACAUUAUUUAAGCAUAGAAUCAUGGCAAACUGAAUUAUUUAUAAUAUUAUUUUUAAAAGUUAAAACCAUCAUGGUGAAUUCAUAAUUUUAUGUUUUGUAUUUUGUGAGUUUAGUUGCAUACAAAAUACUAAAAAUUAAUUUACGAAAUAUGUCACCUUUUUUGUAGGUAUGCAAAAUCUCCACAUUCGAACAUGGCCCAAGUGUGAUGAAUAAUUAGCUGAGACAUGCUGGGGCGUGAACACGAUCGCCACAGAUAUAGGCCUAGGUCUCGAUCUCGGUCUUGGUCUUCACGGAGAUCCCAUCAUCGAAGGCAUGAUUAUCACAGUGAUCAUUCAUACUAUGAAGUAGUGCCGUAUUCACCAUCAAACAGGAUGGAUAGAUACUAUGAUUCACACGAUGAUGAUGACUAUGACAAAGAUGACGAUGAGUCCGAGGAAGAACUCAUCCCUCUCCCAGAAGAAUUAACACGCAAGUUCGGCAAGCUGACAUGCGAGCUGUGUCUUUGUAGGCUGUAUUCGGUGAGGCAGGCCAACAUGCACUACAAGGGCAAGCAGCACGAGAAGAAGGUGAUGCGCUACCUCGAGGACUGGAGCAGCUGCAACGACAAGAAGAUCCCGGACUGUUGGUUGAAGCUGGUGUGCAAGCGGAAGCGAAAUACUAGACUGCCACCGGGAUGCAAUGAACAGUUCUGUACCAUGUGCAAAAUUAUGUUUACAUCUAUGGUAGUUGCUGAGCAACAUUACUCUGGGCGUUUACACAACACAGCCUUGAAAUUUUAUGAAAGGCAGAAUCCAAUGCUGAAUAUUCAAUCAUCUUUAAAAUCUCAGUUCAUGUGUGGUAUAUGCAACAUAGUGACUUCAUGCCAAGAACAUCUCGAAAACCAUAUUAAAGGACACAAACACAAAAAAGUGGCACAGAGACUAAAAGAAGCGAAAUAUCUUGAGAUGCACAGUGCUUAUGAUGAUGAAGAAGAAUACCAUUAUGCUCAAGAAUAUGACAUCAUAGAGUCACAAUUGGAUGUAUCCAAGAAGAAAUUAGAUUCAUAUUCAGGUGAUGAUACAGAAUACACAGAUGUCUUGGAUCUGUUUUGCAAACUAUGUAACCUUCAGUUAACUUCAAAAAAAGAGGUUAUGCAACACUUAAGGAGCCGUGAACAUCUCGAAGAGGUAGAUUUGCGGAAGAAGCAAGUGCUGUUGAGCAUAGAUGACCCAGAAAUACAUCAAGUUGAGGUAGAGCACAAGUGUGAUUUGUGCUUACUGAAAUUUCCUUCAAAAUCUAUGUACAAUGCCCACCUGCAGUGGAAGCAACACGUAAAGAAACUAGCCAGCAAGAUGCAGUCUGAGAACAAGCAUAGAUGUGAACUUUGUAAAAUGGAUUUCUUCUCUAUGCAAAUGUACAAAGCCCAUCUAACCACAAAAAGGCAUAUAGGCAAUGAAAAGUGGCUGAAAGAAAGUCAAAUCGAAGCAGGCCAAGGAAAAUCAGUUGAUGCAAGAGUUAUUAAAAAUGAUACUGCUGGUGUUGCUGAAGUUAAAGAUGGUAGAUAUAAAAAUAUUAGAAAUGAGAGAUCAGUGAAAUCGGAACACCAGUUGAAAAGUAUAGGUGUUAAUGAUCUUCAGGAAAAAUCAUUUAGAACUGAUGGUAAUGUUGAAGAUUCGUCAGAAAAAACCAAGAACAAUAAUCUCGAGAAGAAAAUGGAAGUAAAAGGUGCUAAUGACAAGACUUCUGGUGAAAAGACUCACGGGAGCACAAAUUCUGAUGAAAAGACUCACGGGAGCACAAAUUCUGAUGAAAAGACUCACGGGAGCACAAAUUCUGAUGAAAAGACUCACAGGAGCAUGACUUCUGUUGAAAAAACUUGUGGUGGCACGACUACUGAUAAAACUCAUGGUGGAAUGCCUACUGAUGAUAAGACUUUUGAUGACACACCUACUGAUGAUAAGACUUUUGAUGACACACCUACUGAUGACAACUCUUCUGAUGAGAGUGAUUGUUUCGAUUGCGAGGUGUGUGGGAUAUCUUUUGCUGGAUGCUUGCCAUUCGAACAGCAUUUGAUGAGUAUGAAGCACAUUUUACAGGUUAGUAUUAAACAGUCUACAAGUCAACAAAAUACUUCUGAUAAAACCAAUAGUGUAAGUGCAGCAUCUAAGACAAGUAAAUCAUUAUUUUGUAAGUUUUGCCUUGUUACUUCACUUACGAAAUACCAACAUGAACUGCAUUUGAACAGCAAGAAACACAAGGAUGCUCUUAUCAUGUUGGAAGUAAUUAAAUAUGAGCCUAAGGUGAAAAUGCCACUGAAUCCCAAACCUGUCACUUCACUGUCUCAGGGUGUUAAAGCAUCUGCAGAGAGGAAACAAGAUAGCUUUAAAAUGCUUUGGAGCACUUCAAGUAAAGAAAGGUUUUCUUCUAGAAGUCAGUCUCCUUUUCUCCAGAGACCAGGUGUCAGCUCGUCUUCGAGAGGCAGUCGUGAUACUGUACGACAGUCAGUUAGCCAAACUAAACCUAGGGCAUUUAGUUAUGAGGGUUGGCAAACAUCUGAUGCGCCUCGUGCUACGUUAGCAUCGGUUAUCACAAGGACCCCAGAUGUGUAUCGUGCAGAAGCAAGGCCUCCACCCAUCAGGAGAUCUACGUACUCGUGCAAAGUUUGCAGUGCUUCCUUUAUUUCAGGAGUGGAUUAUAAAGACCACAUAAAAAUUUGCAAAAAGAAGGAAAAUAGUAAAGAAACUAAAUAUGCUCUAAAUAAGUCAUCAAAGCCAAUUUUACAAACAGAUCCAUAUUUUUGUGUUGCUUGUGAUGUAGAAUUUACUUCCUAUCACACAUUCAUAGAACAUAAUGCCAGUGCAGAGCACGAAGCAAACAUUGAACAUUUACUAGAGUAUGGCGAAAUGUUAAAAAGCGAGCGCAAGGAAAAGAUAUUCCUCAGAAGUGAAUCGCUUGACUGCAAAAAAUGCAAUGUUUCAUUUUUCUCUGAGCUGUUGUUUAACAGACACAUGAACAGUACCGAUCAUUUGCGAAAACAAGUGAUGUCCUCUACGAGCUUUGAUCACAACUCGAGAUCUGAGCGUGAACAGAAGACUUCUCGCAAGCUGCGGUCGAGAAGUCGAGGGAAAAAAAAAUGUAAAGCUGAUGCAUAUGACAAAGAUUCGAGCUGUUUGAAAAGCCGGAAGACGUCCUCGGAUAGUAAUUCGGAUGGACUGGACUUGAUGCCGCGGAAGAGGAUCAGGGAAGAAUACGAGUGCACCGUGUGCAACAAAGCGUAUUCCUCCAAGCGAAAAUACAGAGACCACUUGAGCAGCAAGAAACAUAAGAAGAAAAUGUGUCUGUACGAGUGCAGUGAUUGCUGUAGAGUUUUCUCCUCCAGGUAUGACUUUUCCAAUCACAAGUGUGACCUUGAUGCUGAAGACACCUGCGGUGCUAAAGGGGGCGACAGGGAUCGAUGGCUACAGAACUGGGGCUCGCAGGAUCAAAGCCAGCUCAGCGAGGCUGACAGACGCUCCACAGGCGAGUUCAGCUAUGAAGAAGACAACUCUUUCCUAGACGUCGAUGAAGAUUUUGAAAUUAGUAAAAAUUUGUUGUUACCUGAGAAACCAUCAAAAGAGUCACUACUGUCCACGUUUUCAUUCAAAAAAGAGAUACAUAAUAUAAUGGUAGAAUGUUUAGCUACGGCAGACUUACAUGGCUGAUGUAUAUUUACUUCUCUUAAUGUUUUAGUUCUUUAUUUUGACUGAACUAUAAUUCAAGUAGUGUGUGUGUGUGUUUGUGUGUGUGAGUGUGAGAGCGUGUGUGUGAGUGAGAGGGAGAGAGUGUGUGUGUUUUUUUAAUUUGAAUAAACAAAAAAGCAAGAAAUGUUAAGUACCUAAUGUUUAUUCAUACUAAGAGUACGAAAACACUAAAUUAUCAAUAUUUUAUUGGGACUUUAAAUUUGAUUGUAAAAAAAAAACAAUUAAAAUGUCUCUUUAGUCUAAUUUAAUGUGUUCACAUUUUAAAUGUGUCUGGUUGCAAUAUUUAUAGAAGCAUUUACCUUGUUUCCUACUUUUGUUGGGUUAUGGAUAUAACAAUUAUAAUGAAAGUUUUUUUUUAUGAGAUAUAUUUUUGCCACUUCUUCUUUGCUACAUUCAAUAUCAAAGUUUUGAAGUAGUUAUUUUUUUUACUAUUGUUAAAGAAUGUUUAAUUUAGUAAAAAAUGAAAAUUUGCUAUGUUUUUUUAUAUUAAUAGUUAAGCUUAGUUGCAAUUUUUAUAUGAAGGUAAGAAAUACGUACAUAUUAUAUAUAAUCUUUUAUAAAUUACACGUAAGAAAAAAUGCCAUUGUAACAGACUUAAAAACCUGUAUGUUUAACUAGUGUAUUAUAACUUGUUUUCAUUGAAAAACAAGAAGUGUUAAUCAGAUGAAAGAUGUUUUUGAACAUUUUUGAACAUUUCCUUUUAGGAAUAUUUCUCCUCACUCUCAGUUACUUUGCUCUUUUACUCUCUCAUAAAGGGAUUUAUGUUUCUGUACAGUGUUAUUUACACAAUUUCUUUUUAGACACCUCAUUUUGAAGGAUUACAAUCAUCUGAACUGGGCUCUGAUAAUAGCUGCUUUUGCAAAGGAAGUCUGUCACACUGUAGUAUUUUGCACCAUCUCUUAGUAAAGGAAUAGUUGCUGUGCCAUAUGUUACAACAGUUUUUAGAUGUGCAUGAGUUGUGUAUGCAUGUGAAAUUUUACAUUUCUCAUGAGGAACCAUCCUCUGUGUGAAUUUAAGAGUGUUCUGUAUUUUAAAGCUCCUAGAUAUAGUUAGUGUUGUGAUGUACAUAUGUAUAUGAGAGGAAGUGGACAAAUAAACAGUAGCCAAGAUGGCCAGAUGAA